GGGCAUCAUCAAUUCCGGCGGGCCGAAAGCCCGAGAUCUGGUGAGAUUACUUGCAUGAUUGGGAAUAUUUAACUACCUUGAUAGCUAAGAAUUCGAAUUGAACAGAUCAAAUGCCUGAUGAGGGAACAGAUCCUGUCGACUGGUCUGUCGACGAUGUGGUCCAGUUUCUUUGCCACAAUCCACACACCCCAUGGUCGCAGUCCGUGUCAGGGGCCCCUCGGCCUGACCCUACCUCCUUUGAGGCUGCUCUCCGUGACAAUCUGAUCACUGGAGAAGUGCUUUUAAAUGAUGUUGAUAAGAGCGCACUGCGAGAUGAUCUAGGAUUGAGGGCCCUUGGACACCGGAGUUCCAUGCUCACGGCAAUACGGUACCUUCAAGGACACUCUCUAAAAUAUCAGACCUCUAAAAGUCGACUUGAUUCUCCUAGAGAAUGUCACACUCCAAGUCAUUCAGCGUUUAUUACACCGAAAGCUUCUCAGAAAGUUACACCACCGCUUUACUGUGGCCCUAUAUCUUUAAACGCAACUCCACAACGUACUAACUUACUCCCCAGUGUAUCUACGGCGGUGAGUACAAACGCUGUAAAUUUGGCAGUUGUGCCCAAUUCACGAGAAUCUACGAACCCUUCAAGUACUCCUCAAGACACUUCUCACAUCACAAACUUGCAGACUCGUGUAGAAGAUUUGGACCCCGUUGAGCGUAUUCGCUCACAUGAGCAAGUUUUCGUCGAUACACACGGACGGAAACGGCGACGGCUAGACCUCACUACUCUGACUAAAAGUCGAGUUGAUAACGAGCAUCCUUCAGAUCCGGUGCAAGCCAAGGAGUGUCCUUCACAAUGGUUGGAUCAAACUUUCCAACUGCACAGCAAACAAAAGCUCAUACCCCUGGACUCUACCCAAGAUCAAGUCUCUGGAGAUGUGCCGACAGAGACACUAGAUCCUUCUGACCCUUUCUCUUAUCUUCUCCAGCGAUACCCAGUGCAGGAUGAAAGUCAGGAUGCAUUUCCAUUGUAUGGAGAGUCAGGAUCCGAGGGUGAGUUUGACGAAGAGACUUGGCAAGAAAUUGAAGACGAACAAGCAGGAUGGUCUGGGAAACCCUCUAAACUCACGCCCAGGGAGAUGGAAUCUGUUAUCAAAGCUUGUAUCUCCCAAUAUGAGAGCAAGUGGCAUGAUAACUGCUUGCCAAAGGAACAGCAAAAGGCACGCAAGCUCUGGUUGAGGGCUAAGAAGGGAAAGUGUACCAACCAAGAAAUCAAAGGGCUCGAUCGGAAGAUAACAUCUCUAAACGAGCGUCUUAGGAAACUGCAGGACGCAGUCCGUGAAAAAUACAUUGACCUCACAGAAGACUCUCCGGCUGUCGAUAAUGAAGAGGAUUACAGGGUUGAGACUCCCCCCCUCAACCCUGUGCCACGACCAAUAACGCAGCCUGUGGGGGAUCCUAUCGAAUCUGGACGGAGUUGCUCAAUUUCCCCGGAACCAUACAUUGGUCCCAGGGUGAUGUUCAAACCCAGGAAGCGGUCAAGUCUCCCUGAUAUACACGACAUGGACAAGUUUCGACAAGACCGCCAGAGACUAUUAGCAAAACUGAUUGCAACCCUUUCUAUUGAAGAGCGAAAUAAUUCAGAUUUGCAGCAACUCACAGGAACUGGUCUAAAGCUCUUGCUGAAGAACCAAGAAAUGAUUCCAGAACUUGAGGCGGCUGAGAGCCGUGUGGUCAUGCGUGUUACUUCCUUUUAUAUCUCGUGGGUAAACUGUGUCCAUCUUGUGUCGGAAGGAAUUCAGAAGAGUCUCGUACUCAACGCUCAAUCUAAAAUCAGCGGCUUUGUCACGUACUUCAACGAACUCUGCGCGCGCCUCACUGAUUAUCGCAAGAAGAAAGGCUCUAAGAUGCACCGGCUCAAUGGAAAGGAAGAGACCCCAAAUCCCACAGACACUCCCCACAAAAAGCGCAAGAGAGAGGUCAAGGAAAGUCAAAAUGCGAAAAAGAGUCAGCAGAGCGCACAGCUUCGUGUCGCACUGCAAGAGAAGCAGAAAAAGAUCCUCGAAAGGAAGAUAGGUAGCACCAACACCGAUCCUACGCGUCAAGCAGUCAGCUUUGGAAAUCCUGCUAUUUAUCUAGACCCUCAAAUUGGCUUGCGUGUUAAGCCCCACCAAUUGAAUGGUGUUCAAUUCAUGUGGCGAGAGUUGAUAGAAGACGAGAACAAGCAAGGUUGUCUGCUCGCUCACACAAUGGGCUUAGGGAAAACGAUGCAGGUUAUAUCACUCCUUGCAACAAUAUCUGCAGCAGCAUCUUCCGAUGAUCCCAAGAUACGCCAGCAGGUUCCUGCAGCUUUUCAUAGAUCUCAAUCGCUGAUUCUCUGCCCAUCGUCCUUAAUUGAAAAUUGGUUUGAUGAAUUUCUCAUGUGGGCUCCUGUCCAAUCGGGUAUCGGACCUCUGAGGAAGAUAACAACUUCCGAGACAAUACCAGAGAGGCUACAGGAGUUGUGUGACUGGGAUGAAGAAGGCGGGGUCCUUAUAAUGAGCUAUGACCUGUUCCGGACGUGGAUACUGAACCGGGAAACCAACAAGAGGGGAAAGCCGUUAAACGAGGGUCAAUAUCAAAAGGUCAGAGAAUGCCUUCUGGAUGGACCGAACAUUAUUGUUGCCGACGAGGCCCACAAGAUGAAAAACCCAGCCACUGGCAUCUCGCAAGCAGCCAUGCAGUUUCGCUCUAAAAGUCGUAUUGCCCUGACUGGAUCCCCUCUUGCAAACAAUCUUAUCGAUUACUAUGCCAUGAUUAACUGGAUUGCAGAGGGCUACCUCGGCGAAUUCGUGGAGUUUAAGGCAAAGUUCGUGGAGCCUAUUACGGAGGGACUUUACGUAGACAGUACGUACACCGAGAGGAGAAAGUCUUUGGUGAAGCUUCAAGUCCUCAAAGAAAUCCUUGCCCCAAAGAUCAAUCGUGCCGAUAUCUCUGUGCUUGCUGGUAGUUUGCCAACCAAAGUCGAGUUCGUCAUAACGGUUCCCUUGACGAAUCUACAGAGACAAGCAUAUAAUUCAUAUGUGGAGACUAUAUUGCAAGGGAAAGGCACUUUCGGCAGUGCACAACUAUGGUCCUGGCUUGCGAUUCUGAGUCUAUGUUGCAAUCAUCCAUCAUGUUUCAGAGACAAACUACUAAGCCGAGCAAGCGAUGCACAGAAAAUAAACAAGAGGCUAGGCGAGGAGAUGAUUCCCGGUGAUGAACCUAUCGCGCAAGCAGGCCUUCCAGAUUCAGAAAAGCUGGUUUCUGAACAAGAGCAAAUAUUUGCCAGCGUCCCUGACAUAAAAGCCUUAGAAAUGUCUCAUCGGGCGCGGAUAAUGAAUGCGAUAAUCGACGAGUCUAUCAAGGCCGGUGACAAGAUCUUGGUUUUCUCCCACAGCAUCCCAACGCUCAAUUAUAUUGAGCACACCCUUCAAUCGUCAAACCGAAGAUACUCCCGGCUAGAUGGACGGACCCCUGUCGUAACUCGACAAGAUGCGACAAAGAGAUUUAAUCGUGGCUCUGAGCAGCAAGUAUACCUAAUCUCAACACGCGCAGGAGGGCUUGGCUUGAAUAUUCCUGGAGCGAACCGGGUCAUUAUUUUCGACUUUAAGUUUAGUCCGGUAUGGGAAGAACAGGCUGUUGGACGCGCCUAUCGCCUGGGCCAGCAGAAACCAGUGUAUGUUUACCGUUUCAUUGCUGGUGGUACCUUUGAGGAGGUUAUGUAUAACAAGGCUGUCUUCAAGACCCAACUUGCCUUCCGUGUUGUCGAUAAGAAGAAUCCGGUUCGUUGGGCACAAAAGUCACUUGGCGAAUAUCUUUUCCCAGCAAAGCCGGUACCGCAAAAAGACAUCGCCGAAUAUCUGGGAAGGGAUCCACAAGUCUUGGACAAGAUCAUCAUGGGUGAUACUGGCGAGGAGAAGUCAAUCUGCAAUAUUGGCCUCACUGAAACUUUCCAGAAGGAAGACAAUGACAAGUUGACCGAGGAAGAGAGACAAGGUGUCCAACAGCAAUUGAGCGACGAGCGCCUUAGGCGUACCGACCCAGAGGCAUACAAUAGGCUAGUACUGGACAGGCAAAGGCAAGCUUUGUCCGUGGAUCAAGCUUCGCCUUGGGCCCCAUCGUUAUACGUGCAAACAACUCCCAUGCAACCAGCUUCCAUGCCACCAGCUCUCAUGCCUCCUCAAUCAUCUGUUAUGCAGCCAAUAGUUCCGUCAAGCGCUCACAACGACGGGCCUCCCGCUCUAGCACCAGACAUAAGCGUUUAUCAAGAGCCUUCUAGAACACCCAUGCCCUCAACAUCCGCAGCCGCGAUUAGUUCAACUUCAGGAAUCUAUGCUUCGCACUAUGCUCACAGUGAGCCACCCAACGAAAACAUCGCACUUUACUCCCCUUUCAGGCUUUCACCUACCAGAAGCCUAGGGCAAGCCGGUACACAGAUACCUCCUCGAAUGGAUGGUGCCAGUUGGGAUACAAACGUCCAGCAAUAUGAUAUACCCGCAUAUAUGGCCCAUACCGAACCCCUGCAAUCGACAACACCAUCAGACAAUACUUCUGAUGACCCCUACCCCUACCAAUGA